UGCUUCGUCCAUUUUCGUUUUGUUAUUUUCUUCCAUUGCAAAAUCCAAAUCAAAAUGGCCAACUUGCCCAUCAAGUUCCAGGAGCACAUCCAGCUCCAAAAUGUGGGCAUCAACCCGGCCAACAUUGGCUUCUCCACUCUGACCAUGGAGUCGGACAAGUUCAUUUGCGUCCGCGAGAAGGUUGGCGAGCAAUCGCAGGUGGUCAUUAUCGACAUGGCGGAUCCCAAAAACCCCAUCCGCCGUCCGAUCACUGCCGACUCGGCCAUCAUGAACCCCGUCUCAAAGGUGAUUGCUCUCAAAGCCGGAAACACGCUCCAAAUCUUCAACAUUGAAAUGAAGCUCAAGGUCAAAUCGUUCAACCUGACGGAGGACGUGACGUUCUGGAAGUGGAUUUCGGUCAACACUGUGGCGCUCGUGACGGAGAGCGCCGUCUUCCACUGGUCGAUGGAGGGCGACGCCGUCCCUGCGAAGGUCUUUGACCGCCACGCAUCGCUCGCUGGCUGCCAGAUUAUCAACUACCGCGUUGACGACUCUGGCAAGUGGAACCUGCUUGUUGGUAUUUCUGCACAGCAAGGCCGCGUUGUCGGCGCCAUGCAGCUCUACUCGCACGAGCGCAAGGUCAGCCAGCCGAUCGAGGGCCACGCUGCCUCGUUUGCCCAGUUCAAGAUGGAGGGCAACGCGUCCGAGUCGACGCUGUUUGUCUUUGGCGUGCGCAACGCCCAGGGCGGCAAGCUGCACAUUAUCGAGGUUGGCACCCCCGCCGCCGGCAACCAGCCCUUCUCCAAGCGCAACGUCGAGGUCUUCUUCCCCCCGGAGGCACAGAACGACUUCCCCGUUGCCAUGCAAGUGUCCGACCGCUACAAUGUCAUCUUUUUGAUCACAAAGUACGGCUACGUGCACCUGUACGACCUGGAGACUGGCGCGUGCAUUUACAUGAACCGCAUCUCUGGCGAGACCAUUUUCGUGACCGCCCCGCACGAGGCCACCUCUGGCAUCAUUGGUGUCAACCGCAAGGGCCAAGUCCUGUCGGUCUCGGUCGACGAGAACAACAUUGUUCCCUACGUGUCCAACACGCUGCAAAACCUCGAGCUCGGAAUGCGCCUUGCCGUUCGCAACAACCUGCCCGGCGCCGACGAAAUGUUUGUCAAGCAGUUUAACAACCUGUUUGCCGCAGGCCAGGUGGCCGAGGCUGCCAAGAUUGCCGCUUCCGCGCCGCGCGGCAUUCUCCGCACCCCACAGACCAUCCAGCGCUUCCAGCAGGUCCCCACCCAGGCCGGCGCCACCUCGCCGCUCCUGCAGUACUUUUCCAUCCUGCUCGAGCAGGGCCAGCUGAACAAGUACGAGUCGAUGGAGCUUUGCCGCCCCGUGCUCCAGCAGGGCCGCAAGCAGCUGCUCGAAAAGUGGCUCAAGGAGGACAAGCUCGACUGCUCUGAGGAGCUCGGCGACCUCGUCAAGCAGUUUGACGCCACCCUUGCGCUCAGCGUCUACCUGCGCGCCUCGGUGCCCGCCAAGGUCAUUCAGUGCUUUGCCGAGACUGGCCAGUUCCAAAAGAUUGUCCUGUACGCCAAGAAGGUCAACUACACUGCAGACUAUGGCUACCUGCUGCGCGGCCUGAUGCGCAUGAACCCGGAGCAGGGCUCGCAGUUUGCCGCCAUGCUUGUCGCCGACGACCAGCCGCUCUGCGACGUUGGCUCGAUUGUCGACGUCUUUAUGGAGUUCAACCUCGUCCAGCAGUGCACGUCCUUCCUGCUCGACGCGCUCAAGAACAACCGCCCCGAGGAAGGCCCGCUCCAGACCCGCCUGCUCGAGAUGAACCUGAUGGCCGCGCCCCAGGUCGCCGACGCCAUCCUCGGCAACCAAAUGUUCACGCACUACGACCGCCCCCACGUUGCCCAGCUGUGCGAGAAGGCUGGCCUGUACCAGCGUGCGCUCGAGCACUACACUGACAUUUUCGACAUUAAGCGUGCCAUCGUCCACACCCACCUGCUCAACCCCGAGUGGCUCGUCAACUACUUUGGCACGCUUUCCGUCGCCGACUCUGUCGAGUGCCUCAAGGCCAUGCUCCAGGCCAACAUUCGCCAAAACCUCCAGGUCGUCGUCCAGAUUGCCACCAAGUACCACGAGCAGCUCACCACGACCGCGCUCAUCGACAUGUUUGAGUCGUUCAAGUCGUUCGAAGGUCUGUUCUACUUCCUCGGCUCGAUUGUCAACUUUUCGCAAGAGCCCGACGUGCACUUCAAGUACAUCCAGGCUGCCUGCAAGACUGGCCAGGUCAAGGAGGUGGAGCGCAUUUGCCGCGAGUCCAACUGCUACGAUCCCGAGCGCGUCAAGAACUUCCUCAAGGAGGCCAAGCUCACCGACCAGCUGCCGCUCAUUAUCGUGUGCGACCGCUUUGACUUUGUCCACGACCUCGUCCUCUACCUCUACCGCAACCAGCUCCAAAAGUACAUUGAGAUUUACGUGCAAAAGGUCAACCCCGCGCGUCUCCCCGUCGUCGUCGGCGGUCUUCUCGAUGUCGACUGCGCCGAGGAUGUCAUCAAGGGCCUGAUUCUGUCCGUCCGCGGCCAGUUCUCGGUCGACGACCUCGUCGAGCAGGUCGAGCAGCGCAACCGCCUCAAGCUCCUGCUCCCCUGGCUCGAGACCCGCAUCAAGGAGGGCAACAACGAGCCCGCCACCCACAACGCGCUUGCCAAGAUUUACAUUGACUCGAACACCAACCCCGAAAAGUUCCUGCGCGAAAACCAGUUCUACGACUCGCGCGUGGUCGGCAAGUACUGCGAGAAGCGCGACCCGCACCUCGCCUUUGUUGCCUACGAGCGCGGCCGUUGCGACGACGAGCUCAUCGAGGUCUGCCACCAAAACUCGCUCUUCAAGUCGGAGGCGCGCUACCUCGUCAAGAGGCGCGACCUCGACCUGUGGGCCAAGGUGCUGAUUGUCGAAAACCAGUUCCGUCGCCAGCUCAUCGACCAGGUCGUCCAGACUGCGCUGCCCGAGACCCACGACCCCGAGGAUGUCGCCAUCACCGUCCGUGCCUUCAUGAACGCCUCGCUCCCCAACGAGCUCAUCGAGCUGCUCGAGAAGAUUGUCCUCGACAACUCAAUGUUCUCGGACAACCGCAACCUCCAAAACCUGCUCAUUCUCACCGCCAUCAAGGCUGACUCGUCCCGCGUCAUGGACUACAUCAACCGUCUCGACAACUACGACGCGCCCGACAUUGCCAACAUUGCCAUUGGCUCUGAGCUGUUUGAGGAGGCGUUUGCCAUCUUUAAGAAGUUUGAGGUCAACACGUCCGCCAUCCAGGUGCUCAUCCAGCACAUUCGUUCGCUCGACCGCGCCUACGAGUUUGCCGAGCGCUGCAACCAGCCCGACGUCUGGUCGGUCCUUGCCAAGGCUCAGCUCGACGCCCUGCUCGUCAAGGAGGCCAUUGACUCGUACAUUAAGGCCGACGACCCAGCAGCGUACAUGGACGUCAUCUCUGCUGCCAACCGCUCUGGCCAGUUUGAGGACCUCGUCCGCUACCUGCAGAUGGCCCGCAAGAAGGCUCGCGAACCCUACGUCGAGACCGAGCUCAUCUUUGCCUUUGCCAAGACCAACCGUCUGGCCGACCUCGAGGACUUUAUCUCGGGCCCCAACGUUGCUCAGAUCCAGCAGGUCGGCGACCGAUGCUACGACGAGCGCAUGUUUGAGGCUGCCAAGCUGCUCUACAACAAUGUGAGCAACUUUGCUCGCCUCGCCCAGACCCUCGUCCACCUCGGCGAGUUCCAGGCUGCCGUCGACUCUGCCCGCAAGGCCAACUCGACCCGCACCUGGAAGGAGGUCUGCUUUGCCUGCGUCGAUGCCAAGGAGUUCCGCCUGGCUCAGAUUUGCGCUCUGCACAUUGUCGUCCACGCCGACGAGCUCGAGGAGCUCAUCAACUUUUACCAAGCGCGUGGCCACUUUGACGAGCUCAUUUCGCUCCUGGAGGCCGGCCUUGGCCUCGAGCGUGCUCACAUGGGCAUGUUCACCGAGCUCGCCAUCCUCUACUCCAAGUUCCGCCCCGAGAAGAUGAUGGAGCACCUCAAGCUCUUCUGGUCGCGCGUCAACAUUCCCAAGGUGCUGCGCGCCGCCGAGGAUGCCCACCUCUGGCAAGAGCUCGUCUUCCUGUACGUCCACUAUGACGAGUUUGACAACGCAGCCCUGACCAUGAUGCGUCACCCCGUCGACGCCUGGGAGCACGCCAAGUUCAAGGAUGUCAUUGGCAAGGUUGCCAACUCGGAGCUCUACCACAAGGCGCUCCAGUACUACCUCGACUACCAGCCGCUGCUCCUCAACGAGCUGCUGACGGUGCUCAUUCCCCGCAUCGACCACGCUCGCGCCGUCUCGUUCUUUGCCAAGCAAAAGCAACUCGCCCUCGUCAAGCCCUACCUUGUCGCCAUCCAGAGCAACAACCUCAAGCCCGUCAACGAGGCCUACAACCAGCUGCUCAUCCAAGAGGAGGACUAUGUCAAGCUCCGCGCCUCGGUCGACGGCCACGACAACUUUGACAAUGUCGCCCUCGCCCAGCAACUCGAAAAGCACGAGCUCAUCGAGUUCCGCCGCAUUGCCGCCUACCUGUACAAGCGCAACGGCCGCUGGCAGUUCUCGGUCGAGCUUUGCAAGCAAGACCGCCUCUUCCGCGACGCCAUGGAGUACGCCGCCGAGUCCAAGGACCAGGAGCUCGCCGAGUCGCUCUUGUCGUACUUUGUCCAGCAAAAGAACAACGAGUGCUUUGCCGCCGCCCUCUUUACCUGCUACGACCUUCUCCGACCGGACGUGGUGCUCGAGCUUGCUUGGUCGCACAACAUUUUGGACUUUGCCAUGCCCUACAUUAUCCAGACCACUCGCGAGUACCUUGGCAAGGUCGACCAGCUCUUUGCCAAGCACGAGGAGAAGAAGGACCAGGAGGAGGACGCCGCUGCCGCCCCCGUCCCGCUCAUGUACGGCCAGCCCCAGCUCAUGCUCGGCGCCCCUGGCAUGAACACGAUGCUGCCCCCAGGCGCAUACGGUGGCUAUGGUGUUCCCCAACAAGGCUUUGGCCAAUACUAAAAAAAAAAAAAGGUUGGCUUGAUUUUUUUUUCUCUUUGUUGAUGAGCGCCCGCGGUCCGACUUGAUGGAAGGCUUUGGGCUAGUGUGUGUGUGUGUGUGCUGUGAAUUUGCCCUUUGAGUGGUUUUUGUGUGUGUCUUUUCUGGUGGGAUUUUGUUGCUCUUUUCUUUUUUCUUUUUGGUGUUGGUUUUUUUUUUAUUUCGUGUCAUGUUCUCGCAGAGGGGGGCGAGGUGGGCCGCAAACCUGUUGUUUUUGCUGUGCAUGCUUUGUCCUUGUCUUUUUCUUUCCUGGCCUGUUGUAACCUUGUGAAUGCUCCUUCUCUGCGUUCUUCCUCGUCUUCUUUUGUUGUCUGUUAAAAAGCAAAUGCAAAGUUCCAAGUUCUUGU